AUGACAAUCUCAGACCACCUAGCCAACACCUCGACGCCAGUGGUGACGACCUCGGAUGAACAAUCAAUGGUGGCAACCUCGGACCAUCCAGCCAACACCUCGACAAUAGUGGCGACGACCUCAACCCAGCCAUCAAUGGUGACCACCUCGGCCCUACCAGCAACAGUUACGAUCUCGCGUCAUCCAGCCGACACCACGUCUCUCAUACCGACGACCUCAGUACCUAACACAAGAACGACGUACUCCACUCAGCCGGACAUCUCCCUGAUCUUUCAGACACUUCUCGGUAGGAUAGACGAGCUCGCUCGAGGAACGACCUCUCGCUUGGACGACCUCGUGCAUUCUCAGAUUAUUUGCAACAACCGCAUCAACGAACUCCAGUCUGUCGAAAUUGGCGCAUCAAAAUCACAACAAGUUGAUAUCACUCCACGACUCCAGCGUGUUCUGUUCAGCGAUUUACCAACACCAGUGACUGGUUCAGGACAGCAGCAAUCAAUCCAAGCCAACGAUCUAUGUGCACCAAUCACAAAUUCCGGACAACAACAUCAGAAUCAUGUGAACGAAUCUUCAGCACUAAUCAUCGACUCCAGGCAGCAGCGCCCAAGUUAUCUAAAUGAACAACACCUUCAGAACACCAGUUUCCCGCAUAUCACCAACAGGGAGACCCAACAGAGAGACAACGACAUUGAAGAAAUUAGGAUUCAGUUGCAAAGCAUGAACUCGAAGGUCCAUCAGGCAACCAGCGCAGCACCAGAGAUCGAUUGCGUACUCCGUGAAACCCAAAAUACACCUUUUACAACUCGCCUCAUCAGUAUCCCUGUCCGACAUCAGAAGAACAAAAUCAAACUCCCGACUUACAAUGGAACAUCCGAUCCAAGAGAAUAUCUCACCGCCUUCAGUAUCGUAACCGGGAGAGCCAAUUUCUCACCAGAAGAACGCGACGCCGGUCUCUGUCAAUUGUUUGUGGAAAAUUUGAGCGGACUCGCCCUCGGUUGGUUUUCACGCUUUGAAGCUCAUUCUAUUGACAACUACAAUCAACUCUCGACGGCCUUCCUCAAACACUACACGCUGUUUAUCCAACAGAGUGCAAAUAAUGCCGACUUAUGGACUCUAGCUCAAGAACCUACGGAGACACUACGCUCGUACAUCGAAAAAUUCAGAGCCAUCGUUUCUCGCAUCACCGUGCUUGACGAAGUAGCAGUCCUCGCACUCCGAAACGGUCUUUGGCACGAAUCACCAUUCCGAGAAGAGCUCAUGAAGUAUAAACCACAGACUCGGGAAGAUGCACUCCAUCGGGCGAUAACUUUCAUCGAAAUCGAAGAAGAUAAAGCUGCAUUCAGCAAAAAACACACAGCCACCAAAAAAUCAUCUUCAAAGGAUAAAGAGCCUGACGAAUACAACGAACCUAGACAACAUUAUGAAAAAGCAUACAGAGAUGGAAAGAGCAGGAAAGCAUCCAAUUAUCAAAUCAGCGACCAACCAUCUAGUCGCUCCACAGGAAAGCAGGCUCGCAGCAGUCAAGGAUCAGAGGAUACCCAAGCAUAUUGCAGCUACCAUAAAUCUAAGACUCAUAAUACGGAAGAAUCUCGCCAUCUACCAUGUCGCCAUCUACAGGAGUGGUUAUUGAACAAGUACCGCAACGAUCGGGAUUCAUCAUCUAAAGACCAGCAAAACGACAAGGCACCAAAAAAUGAAGGUGAACGUUUUCGACAAGUCAAGCAAGAACGCGAUCGCCAACACUGA